AUGAGUAAUAUUCCAUUAUAUGUUCAUGUAAAGGGAAGACCUUUAAAUGAAUCAGAUGAAGAUAGUUUAAAUAAUGAUGAAGUUCCUAAAUUCAAUAUUGUUUCGAACACCACACUUGAAGUGAAUGAUAAAACCUUUGAAUUUAAUCAAGUAUUUACUUCACCAUCUGAAUUCAGAGCUACCAUUAAUAAUGAUAAUAAUAAUAAUAAUGAAAAUGAUACAUCAACUUGUUAUUUAUUUAUGGGUCCAACCAAUAGUGGUAAAACAACAACCUUAUAUCAACUUCUCCAACAUAAACUUCAUCUUUUAACUGAAUCUAAAACCAUAUGUUUUAUGACAGCCUUUGAAAUUACUGAUAAUAGAUAUAUACUUGAUCUUUUAAAUUCAAAUAAUGAUAAUGCAGCAAGACUCAAUCAUUUUAAUUUUGAAAAUCAAUUAAUUAAAGAGAAAUUGGAAUAUAAAUCUCAACUUUCUACUGUUUUUGGUAAGAGAUUAACUAAGAGAACAGUAUUUAAUCAAAAAUCAAGUAGAUCUGUUUUAAUAAUUACUUUAUAUUAUAAUAAUCUUAGAACUACUUAUAUUGAUCUUAUGGGUAAUGAACAAUUCUCCACCAAUGAUGGAAAUGUAACUCCAAAUUCUCAAAUUAAUACUAAUACUUUCGCAAAUGCAAAUAUAAGUUCAAUUAUGCAACUUGUCCUUGGUGGUAAAUCAUCUGCUACAACCAUGGUUGGAAGAUCUUCUAAUCUUAUUACAAAUUUAAUCUUUAAGAAAUCUCCUCAUGCCCUCAAAAUAAUUUUAAAUUUAGACCCUUAUGGUGAUGAAAAAUUGAUAAGAUCAACUUUAAAUAAUAUAGUGCUGUUAAUUCAUAGAUUUGCAACUUUAAAUUCGAAUGAAAGACAAUCUCAAACUACUACUUCAAGCUCAAAUACCAAUAGAAAGAGAAACUUACCUCAUUAUGCUCAACCAACUUUAAGUUCUCUUAGUCCAACUAAGAAGAAAAUUCGUCAUAAUUUUGUUAUUACAAAACCCGUUUCGAAAUUAUUUGAUAAUUCAGCAUCAAAGAAAGCUCUUGAUGCUUUACGCGAUCAAAUUAGUUCUAUAGUUGAUUCUUUACCUAUCAAUAGUGAAACUAAUACUGAAGAAAUCUCACCUAUAGAAUUAUUAAAAUUUAAGGCUGAAACUCUUGUUGCUCUUAAUGUACAACAUGAAGCAGAUAAGAAUAGAUUAAAAGUUGAAAUUGACAGCUUAAUUGAAAGAAAUGAUGGAAAUACUGAUAUCAUGAAAAAUCUUCAGCGUAAUCUUGAUUUUGUCAACGGUGAAUUGAACAACAAUCAAAUUGAAUUGGCUCAACGUCAAGGCAAGAUCACUGAAUUAGAAAAAGAAAUUACCGAAAAUAAACUUAAAAUUGAAAAUGCUGAGAGGGAUCUUAAAGAAAAGGAGGAUAGUAUUACUCAAUUACAUCAUGAAUUAACUUCAACAUUGACUAAGUUAGAGUCAGAAAUUGCUGCUUAUAAAUCUAAAGUUUCAACCUUAGAAUCUGAAUCUGAAACUAAGACAAAGCAAAUUAAUGAAUUAAAGAGUGAAUUGAUAAAUAAGAAUGAUCAUGUUGGUAAGUUACAAAGUGAAUUAAACAAAAUAAACAGUCAAGUUAGUGGAUUAGAAUCUGAAUUGAAUUCAAGGACUCAACAAGUGAAUGAGUUACAAACAGAUUUGGAUAAAAGAUCUAAUCAAACCAUUGAGUUGAAACAGAAAGUAACUCAAUUGAAUAAUAUAAAGUCUCAAACUGAGCAACAAUUACAAGAUGCAAAGAAUAAACUUAGUAAUCUUGAAAAUAAUUCAAGUUCUACAACUCAAGAAUUAGAUCAAUUGAAUAAUAGUGUUACUAACUUGACUAACAAGAACCAACUUGUGAGUAAUGAAUUGGCAGAAACCAAACUGAAAUUAACUCUGAUGAAGUCAGAAUUAAUUGAAAAAGCUAACCGUAUUUCUCAAUUAGAUUCUGAAGUUGUUUCAUUACAACAAGCUAAGACAAAGUUAGAAGAUAAAUUAACAACUUUAAAAUCACAAUUUGAGCAUGAUAUUUCAUUGAAAGAUAGCCGAAUUGCUGAAUUAUCUCAACAAACUAUGUCUGAACAAACUCAAUAUAAACGUUUAGAGAGUCAAUAUUUUGAACUUAAGAGUUCAUUUGAAACUACUGAAAAUCAAUUGAAUCUUCAAGUUAGACAAUUACAGGAUUCCAUUAAUGAUAAAGAUAUUGAAAUAUCUAAAUUACAAGCUCAAUUGAAUCAAUAUCAAGAAACUUCAGCUGAUAAUCAAACUCAGAAAGAAGUUUCCUUAAUGGAUGUUCCAUUAAUUAAUUCUGAUAAUUUAAUGAUGCAUUUCCCAUCAUUAAAACCAUCAUCUACUGGAUUAUCAUUUGAUCCAACUAAUGAUAUAUUCCAAGAUAAAGAGAAUACUCCAAGUAUGGUAAAUGAAUCUGAAUCUCGUAGUGUAUCAUCAUCACCAGCUUUAGCUUCAUCCCCUACAAAAUCAAAGAAUAAUCAUCGUCAUAAUCAUGACAAUAUUUUAACGACAAAUAACAAUAUUAAUAACUACAAAUCAAUGGUUGGUAAACAUUUAAAGAAGAAGAAAUCUGGUAAUAAGAAAUCUCCUUCUAAAUCUCCAAAAGUUAAUACUAAUAAUUUUGGAACUUUACUUAAUCAACAUUAG